AUGCAACUCAAUCCGUUUCGUUUUUGUACAAUAAUAACGUUAGUAAUAUUUAAAGCCGAUCUACUCACAUGCAUCGGCACAUAUGACUUGUUUGACGACGAUGCCAUACAUAUAGUCGAUAGUAGAGGUGGAAAAAACAUAAACGACGAUGAAAAUGUGUCAAUCCACGAAUCGUACAUCCCAGUCGAUGUUAUAAAUGAAAGUCAACAAUAUAAACCUCCCGAACACGUGAAACCACGUUUGCUAAUUGUAGAUAUACAAAAUAAAAAAAGCACAAAUUUUCUUCAAUACCAAAGGGACCCUUCAAAUUUGGGUGACACAUUCACGGCAGUCACACCCAACCUAAUAUUUAAAAUUAUAGAUAAAAACCAAGUUUUAUGGAAGGCCAAGUCCACGAGCUAUCCCUAUAAGGUGUUCAUCGGAGAUGAAAUCAACUUCGAAAGACAGAUACAGGUUUAUUAUCCGUACGGAGAUAACGAAGAGAACGAGUACACUUUGCCCCCUCAAACGGAGAUUCAGAACACGCUGCUGGAAAUAGACAUUAAGGUGAAGACGACGGACCAGUUCGUGAUUUUCAAGGAGGACCCGAAAACAGGGCGAGAAAAGUUCACGUGUAAACCAGGCUAUCUCAUUUAUAAAGUGUACAGCGGCCUAAGACUGAUGACGGAGGCCACUAACCACAUGUACUUUGACAGACUGGUGAUAUACAGGGACGAAUUCGGCAAUAAAAACCUGCAAGGGCUAUUUCCAGGUCAGAUUGACGAAGGAGAUCCCGAGGAGCCGCUACCCGAGUUCACACCGCCAGAAGCGGACUUCGCCCUCCUCCAGUCGGAGGUGCUCGACCACGAGAACCACCUGGUAUACGUUAACCUGAAGAACAAAAUGUCCACAAGAAUAGUCACGUACGAAUUCGACUUCUCAAACAACGUCGACGUUUUCUCAACGAAGGAGCCUUACAGGUUCGCCCUCGUGAUGAACGGCAAACACAGAGCCUGGAAGUACAAGAGCGGGGAGUACCCGAACCAGGUUUUGCUGUUCAGAGACGAAAACGGCUCCCCCUUCCUGAGACUGGGAUUUCCGAGAGCAGUGAGCAAAUUCCCGAAGCCCAAGCUGAUCACUCUGGACGUAAGGAACAUUGAAAGCAACCACGAGUUUAGCUACGAGUAUGACCCCGCAAGUCAAACGCAGAUAUUCAGGCCCAAGCCAGGGUUCCUGAUCGACCAGGUUAUGAAGGGCACGUUUCAUAUAUGGAAAUGCCAAGACUUCAUUUACCCCGAGAAGGUCCUGAUAUAUCCAGGCGAAAAUGGAGAGCCUGCACUGCGGCUCCAGUUCCCCAAGGAAGUUGCAAGACAGCCUCUGCCACGAAUACCGGACCCAGAUCCCGAGCCUAUAAUUGAACGCGUUCACCCAUCAAGAGAUAAAAAUUUGAUUAGAUUACCUGGCUCUGGAUCGGAUUCGACGGAAAUAAUCAAAGCGAGGAGGUCCAAAGAAUCUAUGCGACACUCGCUUUCGGAGCCAGAGCCUAUAUUUAAGCCAAUACAUCCGCCUACAAGCGACACAAGGGACAGAUUUGUUCAUCUGGAUUCUGACCGACUAAUUCCACAUGUGCGUGCUUCGAGACCCGAACCUAGGAGUAGAGUAUCGGUUCCUCCGCGUAAACCUGAAUCGGAUAAAGAAACUGAACCACCAAUCAUAGAAGAUAAAAGGGACAGAAUAGUGCAUCUGGAACCUGAGAGACCAAUAACAAAAGAACGAGCACCGAGACCCGAACCUAGGAGUAGAGUAUCGGUUCCUCCGCGUAAACCUGAAUCGGAUAAAGAAACUGAACCACCAAUCAUAGAAGAUAAAAGGGACAGAAUAGUGCACCUGGAACCUGAGAGACCAAUAACAAAAGAACGAGCAUCGAGACCCGAACCUAGGAGUAGAGUAUCGGUUCCUCCGCGUAAACCUGAAUCGGAUAAAGAAACUGAACCACCAAUCAUAGAAGAUAAAAGGGACAGAAUAGUGCAUCUGGAACCUGAGAGACCAAUAACAAAAGAACGAGCAUCGAGACCCGAACCUAGGAGUAGAGUAUCGGUUCCUCCGCGUAAACCUGAAUCGGAUAAAGAAACUGAACCACCAAUCAUAGAAGAUAAAAGGGACAGAAUAGUGCAUCUGGAACCUGAGAGACCAAUAACAAAAGAACGAGCACCGAGACCCGAACCUAGGAGUAGAGUAUCGGUUCCUCCGCGUAAACCUGAAUCGGAUAAAGAAACUGAACCACCAAUCAUAGAAGAUAAAAGGGACAGAAUAGUGCAUCUGGAACCUGAGAGACCAAUAACAAAAGAACGAGCAUCGAGACCCGAACCUAGGAGUAGAGUAUCGGUUCCUCCGCGUAAACCUGAAUCGGAUAAAGAAACUGAACCACCAAUCAUAGAAGAUAAAAGGGACAGAAUAGUGCAUCUGGAACCUGAGAGACCAAUAACAAAAGAACGAGCAUCGAGACCCGAACCUAGGAGUAGAGUAUCGGUUCCUCCGCGUAAACCUGAAUCGGAUAAAGAAACUGAACCACCAAUCAUAGAAGAUAAAAGGGACAGAAUAGUGCAUCUGGAACCUGAGAGACCAAUAACAAAAGAACGAGCAUCGAGACCCGAACCUAGGAGUAGAGUAUCGGUUCCUCCGCGUAAACCUGAAUCGGAUAAAGAAACUGAACCACCAAUCAUAGAAGAUAAAAGGGACAGAGUAUUGGAGCCACAACGCUGUUCUGAGAAAGCCACCUUCGAUACCCACGUCUCAAACCACAUUUACACGCCAACCACACCUCAUAUCUUCAACAAGGUCAGCAUUUUAAAUCCGCACCCACUAGCGACCCUAGAUAUUUGGGAAACUGAAACCCCCGAAGAGUACGCGUACAGAGUGGAGCAGUUCGGAUUCGACCACGUCCUGAUUUACUCAAACAACGGGAACUACGUCAUGUUUGACAGAGACGACAACGACAACUGGACGCGCUACGACAUCCCUAACGGCAGGUGGGCCGAUUUAGGAUUGAAGAGGCUGGAGCACGAGGUGGCCAAGUUCGACGCGGAAGGCAAGGUCGACAGCAAGGUACUCCUGAAGAAGCUAAUACACCUCGAUAUCGCACACAAGUUGAACACCUACAUGUCAGGGUUCACGAAGAAGGGAAACGUGUUCACGUUCAGGCCCGGUGAGGGCUUCAUUAUCAGCGCAGUCAUUGACUCUUCUGACACUUACAGGGGGCAGGCAGCUCCAAUAUGGGACACCGGAGAUCCCACGCAGUUCUGCGAACGAGUGGAGCACGAUGUCACGGAGGACAUGCUCACGCUUAAACUCCUCGACGGCUCUAUGAAGACGUACAAGAGGGUCGGCAAGAAGUGGCUCGACUUUAUGUUAGACCACAGAGUCGACAACAGCAAGAAGAUCCCAUUCGUGCUCAACCUGAGCACCCGGAACAGCUUAGCCACGUACGAGUUCGAACCGGCCAACGAUAACAAGACCAUGGUGUGCACAGUCAAGGACGGCUACGCGAUCAAGGAGGUGGUCUGGAUGGAGUCGGGUUACCAGUGCUUUCGCCACGACAAGAAGGUGUGGAACACCGAGGACCCGAGCUACUUCGCUCGCAGAGUCUCAGUCAUGAACCUCGGGUUAGGAGAGAAGGUGGUCAACAUUGACCUGUUCAACGGACUACAGCUGACCUUCCGCAGGUCAAUUUGGGGCGUGAGGUGGGACUUCAUGGGCUCGAAGGUAUUACGAGGGCAGUGA